UGAAUUAAAAAACGAAUGUCAUAGUUAUGCAGAAGCAUUUUCUUUAGUACAAUUUAAAUUGAAAGAUGCUCUUCAGUAUCACGAAAGAAUAACCGACAUUCAACAAGGUAUGGAUAAUAUUGAACAAUUAAUUCAAGAAAAAAGUUUAGAAAUUACAAAAAACGAAAGUGAAAAUGACUGUCUUGAAAAUUGUGCAUUAGAAUGUGUUCCUGUCGAAGUUGAAGGAGCAAUGGAUGUUGGUAAUAAAUUCGAAGUUAAUGUCGAUGAAAUGGUCGCGCAAUUAAAUACUGAUCAAAAACGAAUCUUUGAUAAAAUUACUGCUGCUAUAUCUGAUGACAAUAAUGUUCUUAGACUUUAUAUUAGCGGUGAAGGUGGUACUGGAAAGAGUUUCUUGAUAAAAACUAUUAGAUGUUGGAUUAAAAAAUAUAUUGGAGACAAAGACACAGCGGUAACUGCACCAAUCGGUAUAGCAGCUUUUAAUAUUGAUGGACUUACUCUUCAUAGAUUAUUUCAAUUGCCAGUAGAGCAUGACCGUACUGCUAAAUAUAAACAACUUUCUGAUAUAGCCCUUAAAGUUAUACGGGACGAACUUAAGAAUGUUGUUUUAAUAAUUAUCGAUGAAGUUUCAAUGAUUUCAAAUAUCAUUUUAAUGUACAUACAUCUUCGACUAACAGAGAUAUUUAAUACCAUGGAUUGUGAUAAUGGAUGGUUCGGCAAAAAACAUAUACUUCUUUUUGGAGAUUUAUUGCAACUUCCACCUGUACAUGAAGAUCUGCCUUUUAUUGAAUUAUCAACAUUACAAAUUCAGAAGUAUAUUGAUGCAAUGGGCUCUGUAAAUUUAUGGUCUUUAUUCAGUUAUGAUGAAUUACAAAUUAAUGUGCGACAACAAGGUGAUGACUCUUAUCGAGAUAUAUUAACGAGAAUUCGAGUUGGAACACUAACAGAUUCGGAUGUAAUUAUUUUAGAAACGAGAAAAAUUAAUUUUAGAGAAACUAAUUGUGACGACCGAUUACAAGCAUUAUGUAAUUACUUACAAAAUUUACCAAUGGAUACAGUUUGUUUACUUCUAACUUGUGCAUUAUGUGAUGUUUUGAAUACUGCAAUGUUAGAUCGUAUUUCUUCGGAUAAGAUAGAACUCAUUGCUAAAGAUCUGGCAGAAUGUGCAUCAUAUUUAAAGAAAAAAGUUAUGAAGAUAUUAAAUAAAGACGAUGAAGAUAGUGCUCGAACAGCUGGAUUAGCAAGAAUCAUAACUGUCAAAGUAGGAGCGCGUGUAAUGCUUAGAAGAAAUAUUGAUGUUAAUUUAGGUCUUGUGAAUGGUACCAUUGGUACAAUUAUAUCAAUUAUACGUAGCACAAUUGACAAUAAAGUAGAAAAAAUAAAGAUAAGAAUGUCAUCAGGAAUAGAGCAUAUUAUAGAAGAACGUUUAAGUGUCAAAUUUGAAGUAAUGGAUAGAGCAUUUGUUAUAAGAAAACAAUUUCUUAUAUGUCUAAGUUAUGGUAUGACUAUCCAUAAAAGUCAAGGCUUGAGUUUAAAGUAUGCUGUUGUGGAAGCUGGAAAUUCUAUAUUCAGUUGUGGACAAAUAUAUGUCGCUCUUUCACGAGUAACUACGUUGAGUGGAUUGCACCUUAUAAAUUUUGAUCCCUCUUCUGUAAAGCAAAUGAUAGCUAUAAUAGAAUAUAACAGAUUACGAACACAAUACAGGUCAGAUCUUGUACAUAUUAAUAUUUUGAAACCACGUGUUCACAAGGUUCGUGAUACAAUUUGGGCAAUAUUAAAAAAUGUCAAGUUAAUAAUAAUGAUAUUAAUGAUUAUACUUUAUGGCAUAUAAGAGGACUUCCAAAUGUUGAUAAUGCAUCUUGUUAUGCUAAUGUUUCAAUUCAAUGUGUGCUUCAUUCUUCUACUCUCAGAACAUUGUUGUUUCGUCUUGAACAUACGAAUAUUAUAAGACAAUUUGUUGAUUGUUACGUGUCAAACGAUAACACUAUUAAUAUAAUGGCAAUACGGCAAUUGGCAGGACAUCAAUAUCUUGAAAAGAUUGAACAAGAUAUUAGUGAGUUUAUUAUACAUCUUAUUAAUAACAUAGAUAAUAUAAAGAGUGUAAUCGAACAUCAAUUAAACAUAACUUUACGAUGUAAAGUAUGCAAUUAUACAAACACAAAAAUUUAUACAAAUUAUAUAUUAUUGCUCCAAUUACCUAACAAUUUAAAAAAAUCAUACACUUUACAAGAAUCAAUACAAUAUAGUUUUUCACAUUGGAAUAAUGUGGAAAAAAUAUGUACUAAUUGUGGUACUACUUCUAUA